GGGAAUUACAUGGCUGAUCUUUUCCCUCCCGGAAAAAUAAAAUGAAGGGCUAAGAAGAUUCUCAGAAACUCAUACAUGUAACUCCCGAGAGAGCUGAUGCUGAGACUAAAAAAUAACCAUCUGGUCAUUUCUGGAAGGGACAAUGGAUCAGCCCAGCGGAAGAAGCUUCAUGCAAGUUCUUUGUGAAAAAUACAGCCCGGAAAACUUCCCUUAUCGUCGUGGUCCUGGAAUGGGCGUGCAUGUCCCAGCUACACCUCAGGGUUCACCUAUGAAAGACCGUCUCAACCUGCCAAGCGUGCUGGUGUUGAACAGCUGUGGGAUCACCUGUGCAGGAGACGAGAAGGAGAUAGCUGCCUUCUGUGCUCACGUAUCUGAACUGGAUCUUUCUGACAACAAAUUAGAAGACUGGCACGAGGUCAGUAAAAUUGUGUCCAAUGUCCCUCACUUGGAGUUUCUGAACCUGAGUUCCAAUCCUCUGAAUUUGUCAGUUUUAGAAAGGAAGUGUGCCGGAUCUUUCUCUGGUGUUCGCAAGCUUGUGCUCAACAACAGCAAAGCUUCCUGGGAAACAGUUCACACUAUACUGCAAGAAUUACCAGACUUGGAGGAACUCUUCCUGUGCCUUAACGACUAUAAUACAGUGUCUUGUUCUCCAGCUUGUUGUAAUUCUCUCAAAUUGCUCCACAUAACUGACAAUAAUCUCAAAGACUGGACCGAGAUCCGGAAGCUGGGGAUAAUGUUUCCAUCGCUAGAUACUUUGGUUCUGGCCAAUAACAGUCUGUCAACCAUUGAAGACUCUGAGGAUUCCCUGGCAAGGCUAUUCCCGAACUUGCGAUCCAUCAGUCUGCACAAGUCAGCAGGUCUGCAUUCCUGGGAAGAUGUGGACAAACUGAAUUCUUUCCCCAAGCUUGAGGAAGUGAGGUUGCUGGGAAUACCUCUCCUUCAGCCGUACACCACUGAGGAGCGGAGGAAGCUGGUAAUAGCCAGGCUACCAUCAAUCACCAAGCUGAACGGAAGUGUCAUAAUGGAUGGAGAGCGAGAAGACUCUGAGAGAUUUUUCAUCCGCUAUUACAUGGACUUUCCACAGGAAGAAGCUCCUUUCAGGUAUCAGGAACUAGUGACAAAAUACGGGAAGCUGGAGAAACUGGCGGUGGUCGACCUGAGACCUCAGAGCAGCGCCAAAGUCGAGGUUCACUUCAAAGACCAAGUGAAGGAGAUGAACAUCCGCUUAGAUCAGACGGUAGCGGAGCUAAAGAAACAACUCAAAACGGUGGUCCAGCUGCCCAUCAGCAGCAUGCUGGUCACCUACUUCGAUAAGGAAGAUCCUUUUGGCCCCGAAGAGCUGAAGUACAACUCGAGGGCCCUGCACUCCUACGGCAUCCGGGAUGGCGACAAAAUCUACGUGGACUCCAGAGCCAAGUAGCCUCUCCUGCUCCAGAAGGCCUGCUCCAGAGUGCGCGCCCGCCCGCCCCACCCACGUAACACCACCAAGGGACUUUCUGACAGGGGUGUUUCAUUUGGGUUCAUUUGGUUGAGAUUUGGCGUUUUGGAAGUGUGUCCGAUCACUUCUCUAGCCCAGGUUAGUGGGUCCAGAUCUGUGAGAUAAAAUAGCACCAGGAUUGAGCGCAAGUGACAGGAUGCUCCUCAGAGGCGUGACACCGAGCAGGUGGGCUGCGUCCCUUUGGCCUCUCACAGCUGCUUCAGUGUACACUUCUGAGCCCGGAGGUUAUUACAGCCAGGGAAUUCAGCCUUCCCGCACCGCCUAAGCGUAAGGUACGUGUGAAAGAGAUUCUGUGCAGCUCUUGUUCCCGUGGCACUUGGACUCCAAUUACAAACGGCUGCACUGCUUUCCCUUCACCUGGGUGGUCUGUCAUUUCUUUCUUCCUGGGGGGCCUUUUUGGGAAGGAAAGGGUUCUUCAAGACAUGGCUCUGCGGGAUUAUCCGGCAGCGUUCUGGAUUCCAGAUAGCUGAAGGAGAGAACGCUGAGAGGAGCUUAACGUGCGUGUGCACACUGUUUCCCUCUCUCUCACACACACACAUACACACACCUACAGCUUCCAAAGCACAGUAAUAAGGACACACUAACAAAGCUGCAUUCCUUUAGAUAACCCUCCUGGUUUGCCAGUUCUUCAAGGUAGCAUAGAUAAACUUUCUGCACAGGGCACAUCAGAAGUUAAACGGAUGGCACAUUGACAUACAACCAAUGAGUCGGGCAGCUAAGCAGAACAACUGAUGGAUCUGUUUGAUAAAAGUCAUUGCCUGGUUGGAUGCUGAAGUAAACUUUCAUUCAGCAGUUUGCUAAGAGAUCACAAAUCCCUUGUAGUGCUGGUAUAUAUAUAUAUAUAUAUAUGUUCAGUUCCUUAUUACUAUGAAUUACACUUCGGGUGGCUUGAAUGCUUCUCCCUCUCAAACCCUGCAUCCAUAAGUUCAUCCUUAGAAUAAACGUGUGGCAGGAUUAGCUGAGGGAUAGACACUGGUUCCUACCAACUAGAAACCUUCCAUAGCUAGUUUUAACCUGAAUUCCAAAUUUUGUAUCAUGAUACAUAGAUGGAAACCAAAAUCCAAGACAGCUUGGUUCAUUUUUAGUCCAUUUUUAAGCCAAUAGAAGCAUACAAAACCAUUCCUGGUCCUCCCCAGGUAGGUCAUUUUUAUGCACGAGUCAUUAUUCGGGACUUGUCCCUUUACGUGGUCCGUGAUUCGUGCAGCUCCGGUAGGAUGAGCUCCUGUUAUCUAACUUGAAAGCAAUUCUAUUUUAACUUGGGAUGUGUGCAGUGGGCGUCUGAUUACAGCCACUGCCGCGAAGACCACAUGAAAUGCUUGCCCCUGUUUUCUUAGGCUCCCGGUCUCUUGUACGGUUCUCCUUGGAAAUGCAUUAAACUUGUUUGCUUUGUAAAUCAGUCGGGGGCUGCCCUUCCUUCCUCGUGUCAGUUUGACAAGCUGGAAGCAGUUCAAUCCAUCCAUUUUACACAUGUACAUUUAAAUGUCCACGAAGCUGGCUGAUUCUUAUUACCUGUGCACUUUUGACCUGAGUUGAUAGCUUUUAUGCUCCAAAAGGAAGACUUUUUUGCAUCCCCUGAUUCUGCUAUUCCCUCUGGGGGCUUCCUUUUUAUAUAAAUUGCAGAGUGUGGGGGUUUCUCCCCCCUUCUUUCUGGAUAUCUGUACUGUUGGAAAGCAAAAGAAAGUUCUUUUGUUUUCUCGUUGGAAAGGAAGCAUCGCCACUCUCUGUACAUUAAAGAGAGGGAACGGCUUAGACAGAAUAGCAUUCGGACCGCCAUCCCUUGUGAAGCCACAGCUCUCCAUCACAUUGUGACUAUUGGACGUCACUCCAGAAUAAUCAUCUGGAUUUUAUAACUAUAGCAAGCUGAGGUUCUUUCCUCUCCGUUUACUUAGCUAAAUGCCCUUAUGGUAGCAUUGUGAUGCCAUCCCAAAUCAGCGUUUUAUUUUUGAUCGAUGCAUUUGUGUGUUUGUGUUUACACAUGCUGUAAUGGGGGAAUGUUCAUGUCAAUAAGAUAUUUUAUUAUAAAGAUUUAUGGAAAGAUAGACUUGUGUAAUAAUAUACUAUUAUUUUAGCAGUGGUCCUACUAUACCAAAUACCCUAGUAGGGGUUGACAGACUGGUUGGGUACAAAGGGGCAGCCACUGAAAUUUAUGGAACAUCCAUUGGAACCGUUAUCUUCCUCCCCGCUCCAAUGUUGAUGCUAUGGUAGUGCUGUUCACGAUCCAUGUAGCUGGUAUCUUAGAAAGAAACAUUAAAUAGGCCGGGGAGAGAGACAGCAAAGGAAUUUCACCCAAGAUUCAUAUUUUUGUGCGUAUUAUUGAAAGAGAGUUAGUCUUAAAUUGUAAACCUACUUCCUUAACCUUACGUCUCCUGUGUUGUGACUCUUACAGACUUCUGGAGAGCAGUUAAGUUAGGAAAAAAGCUGUACUUACCUUAUUUAAAUCUGCAGGUUAUAUAACUUAGGCAAUUCAAGAGGGUUUGCUUAAGUUGACAUUCUGCUAGGUAUAAUAUAGAGAGAAAAGUCUACAGCAAAACAGCCUGUUUUUUUCUUCAACCUUUUCCAUUUUUGUUUUGGUUUUUUUUUUUUUUUAAAAAUACAUAAACAAAUGCUUUGGAAGCUGAGGUCUGCAUCUAAUACAUUCUGUCAGCUUUCUGCAAUUAUACAGAAUUGGCACGUAACUAUAGGCAAAAACUAUGUCGGCAUUGGGAGUAGCCAAGCUACAUCAAAUAUUUAAUCUUUUAAUUAGGUACAUUAUAGGAGGAUAAACGCAGCAGGAAAGGGAGAGUAAUGUUAAUGGCAUUCUGUACUUCAGCUGCAUUUUUGCAUUGGAUUCAGCUGCGAAAUCUGUGGAUCAUCCUGGUUUGCCAUUAGCGUCAAAUUCACCACAUUCUCCGACGUUCUGGGUUCAACCCAUAGUGCUGAUUGGUUCCCUAUUUGGGCUUUUUUAAAAUGCUGUGUACAAAAAGGAGAUGCCGUAUCGGACUUUGCCAGUUUUCAACUCUGCUUUCAUCCAGCGCUAACGUCACACUAGAUUGUUUCUGACUGACAACUGAUUUUGACCAUUGGCGUUUUGCUUAAAAUGUUAAUAUUAUCAUUCAGUUCAUGUUGGGCUAGUCAUCGGAUGAGAACGGUCAUAAGCCAGAUGCCACAGCUGUUUGCUGUUGAACACAUGAAAACUCCCCUUUAUGCUAGAGCAGGGGUGUCCAACCUUAGUGUGUUUUAAAACUUAUGGACUUCAACUCCCAGAAUUCCUCAGCCAGCCAUGUUGGCUAGGGAAUUCUGGGAGUUUUUAAGUGCACAGGUCUUAAACAUUGAUAAGGUUGGACACCCUGUGCUUAGAGGCUUCCUCUGCAGGUAGUUAAGAAGCCAGGAGACUAAAUACUGUAGAGAACAUUUGUAUUGAAAGACUGAAUUGGGCCCUAAACUCAUCCACAUCCAAAAAUCUGGACAAAAAGUGAAACGAUUGACUUCUUCUGGAUAAAAAGAGCAAGAAGAUUGACUUCGUCUGAAGUUAUAUUCUGAACUGCACUACCAAGUUCACCAUGGGGCAGUGAACCCCGUUGGUAGGAAGCUGCGAUUCUACCUACAAAAACUCUUGAGGUUUUUGGGGUGGGGUUAGUGGCAAGGCUCUGGUCACCGGAAGGAGUUUAUAUUUUUCCCCCAAAGACCCCUAUUUACGAAAGGCGACUCUUUUUAAAGAUAAGUGGGGCAAUGUCAGAAAAUCCUCCUUUCCACAAUCGGGUUAAUCUGUAGAUUUCAUUGCAUUAGAAAAUAGUGUGAUUAUCUGCCAUUUUUAAUGGUCUUGUACUGGGAAAAAAAACCUGGGGAACUGGGAAGUAUUAACUUUGGAACUCAGGGGGCUGUUUAUCGCUGGGUAGCAAGCCAUAGCAAGUGAUUCCCAGCUCAUAUCUGAGUCUGGCAGUUGCGCGUGGUAUUGAGCAAAAAGAAGGCUCUUGGUUGGCAUUACUGCGGGUGAGUAAGUUCUGUGCAUGUUAGACCUCAAUUUAGCCUUCACAUUAUGCAAAGUAGGAAAUUUGUAGCUAAUUCUGCUUCUGUGAUUAAGUUGAGCGAGGAACUUGUGAUUUCCCCCACCUCCCCAUCCCUUUCUGACAGGGAAUGCUGGGGUGAAGAAUGGGCAGGAGUGUGUGUGUGUGUGUGUGCGUGUGUGUGUUCUGUUGAGACCCCAGUAUUACUGGAGAAAUUAAAAGAAUAACCCAAGCAAAAUGACAUAGGCCUCUGAAAUCUCUACCCUUGCUUUGAGCGUUUAAACUUCCUGUCGGAGUCCCAGAGAAGGCCGUGUAUAUAUGGAUCCACUGAAGUUAAAGGCGUUUGCAAUAGACCCCGUAGCGUAUUUACUCAUUAGCAAUCUCCAGGGUUGAAGACUCUUAACGCAACUCUAUGUCUCAGUGAUUUUGUUUCUGAAAAAAAUCACAUAGAUUGCAUCCCCAUUUUCAUAACCUGAGCCUUUUCUCCCCACUAGACCUUGAGUUGAAACUGGUUAUCAAAGCAGACCGUAUUCGCUCUGCUGAAUUCCAUGAACCAGUGUUUUUCAGUUGUGGCUGGUUUAAGACCUGUGGACUCCACCUCCCAGAAUUCCCCAGCCAGCUGUGCUUGAGCAUGUGGAGAGCUAGUGAGCCUGGAUCUGAUUAACGUGCUGUUUCCUAAGGAGCCCUACUUUGUACUAAUGGCUAAGUAGAAUGUCCUUUCUAGAGGGAGCUGCAGCUGCUCUCCAGAACACGGUUGAGCACCGGGCUGCACCCUGUUCGGUACCCUAGUUGUAAAGAUUUGGAGUAGACAAAUAGGCUGCAACUUGGGAAAAAGUGCCAUUGAAUUCGAGAGCUAGUUUUUGGUAGAAAACUGAAGUUACACCAAUGGAGCAAGGCAAUUGAACGUAAAUAAGAGCGUGACAUCUAUGUAGAAUUACCAUUAGGGAGUAUCUCUUCUGAAGAAUCUACUCCUGUUUUACUCUCUUGCUAGCACAGACCAAACAGUGAGGAAGAGGACAGCUUAGUUCACUUCCAAAUCUAAUAUCUGACUAGGAUCCUUGAUUUAAGUCAUUUGAAAGGGCAAUACAGGUCAACCUUGGGAUAGUUGGUAAGGCACAGUGACAUACAGCAAGCCUUUAUUCGAGAUACAUAGGGCCUAAAGAUUUUUCUGGAUCUAUUUACCUGGAAACAUAUCUGACAAGAUGGUUAAAUA